UCGGUAAAACCAGUUGUCAUUUCUUUUGUCCUUUAGGCGGUUGUCUGACUGUGUUUUGUAGCAGUCACCUGGAUUGCGUGUGACUUGGCGGAGUUAUGGACCGGAGUUUUGGUCUUUCACUUCUCUUGGCCCUCUGUUCAAUUGCUCAAACCGCACAGAUCAAACCUGUGGUUGCUGAUGAACAGUUGCUAUGGGUCCAGGGUCAAACUGGAGAAGUCCACACCUUCAGGAUUCCCCUGCUCACCUUCACUCCUCAGGGAAGUCUGCUGGCUUUUGCAGAGGCCCAGAAGAUGUCGGCCAGAGAUAUCGGAGCCAAGUUCAUAGCCUUAAGACGCUCCACAGACAGAGGAACCACCUGGUCUCCCACCUCGUUUAUUGUGGAUGAUGGAAGUCUAGCAGAUGGUCUGAACCUGGGUUCGGUCGUUGUGGAUGAGGAGACCGGUGCUGUGAUACUCAUUUACUCUGUGUGUUUCCACCAUUACCACUGCAAGACCUCCAUCACAAUGCUGGUGGAGAGUCUGGAUGACGGUCUCACCUGGAGUCCUCCACGAAACCUUAACCCUCAGCUGGGGAUCAAGAGUUUUGCUCCUGGGCCUGGCUUUGGUAUACAGAAACGCUAUCCUCCUGCUGUUGGGCGUUUGGUGGUGUGUGGACAUGGGUCCAUCGCUGGAGAUGGCGUGUUUUGUCUCCUAAGUGACGAUCAUGGACAAACAUGGAGAUACGGAGCUGAACUCAAGAGUAUUCCCUACAACCAGCCCAAAAAGAACCUUGAUUUUGAACCGGAUGAGUGUCAGCCGGUGGAGCUGGAUGAUGGUAGCAUAGUGGUCAACGUGCGAAACAACAUGAACUAUCACUGCCACUGUCGUAUACUUGCCCGCAGUCUGGACGGAGGCGAAUCUCUGCCUGUGGAGGAGGUGGUGUUCGAUACCACAUUGGUGGAUCCUGCGGUUGCAGCUGGAGCUUUACACAAGGAUGGAGUCCUGUACUUCACCAAUCCUGCCAAUGCUACACGCAGAGUUAACCUCACCCUUCGCUGGUCUUUGAAUCACGGUAAAUCAUGGGUGAAAGAAACUUUAAAGAUUUGGGCCGGGCCAAGUGGAUACUCCUGUAUGACAUCACUUAAAGGCAACGAAACUGAGGAUCAAAACUAUAUCUUCGUCAUCUUUGAGAAAGGCCAUACAGACUGCAAAGAGUCGAUCUCCUUUGUGAAAAUCAACCUGUACAGUGACCAAUAGACACUGGGAUGCAGCGCUUUUAUAUGAAAGAACAAAAAAGCAAGAAGAGGACAGAAAAUGUUGUUAUUAUAGUGAUGAUAGUUUCAGAAAAAAAAUUCUGCACCUUUGGUCAUACAUAGGUUUCAUGUGCAAUAAUUUAAUGAUCUGUUAUCUUAUUAUACCCUCAUUGGGGGCUGAGCCCCCCUAAAAUAAAAAUCACAGAAACAACCCCACAACACAGGAUAAAGUCUUCUACC